GCACGCUGACUGAAGAGCACAAACCACACUGAGCUGCUUCUACUGUCAGUCUGAGGUGUGACUUUCACAAUAAAAGCCCCGUUAAGGAGAUGUCACAGCCAUUCACAGCACUGCAGUCUUGACCGACAGGCGCAUGAGCCAGUCACAGUCGGCUGAAGAGGUUUCUGCACAUCCGGUCAGAGCGCCACCCACCUGUUACGUCAACAAAUACACACCGAAGGUCACACGGGUUUUUGAUUGACACAUACGCACACACACACAUUCCUUUAAACAGUGCACAUAAAGAGUGCCAUGAAGUCCACUCCUUAAACACACUCCAACUUACAUCACACUUUGUACUCUGACCAGUCUUAUCAGAGAGGGAGUGAAGGGUGAGAGACACAACGAGAAAAAGAGGAGAGCGAGAAGCCAGCAGAAACACUGAGAGAGUGUGGAUAUGGCAGCUGAGCACACACCGACCGUUCACCUGUAGAGGUCGUGAGGAAGCUUCCUAGUGAGGAGGCAAAGAGAAAAGGAUGCUUCCUUGGCAAGAAGCUCGGCCGCCAUGUCUAAGGCGACAGUGAAGAAGCUGCACUGGCGCUCCAAGGUCCAGGAGAGCUUCGUCCCGCUGGGCGGGGCCUCUGGAGAGCUGGGUCUGGCCAUUGGGGGCGGAGCCGACUACGGCGAGUUCCCAUUCGUCACAGCAGCCCACGGAGGUGGAGCCACUGUGGGUGACAUCAUCUUAGAGAUCGGAGGGACACCCGUGUUAGGGAUGACCCUCGGUGAUGUCAGAGGAGUCCUCAACUCCUGUCCUCAUCCAAUCAGAAUCAAGACUGUCUCACCAGGUUCGUCCCUCUGUAAGGAUCUCAGGUUGUACCUCAGCAAGUGUUUCACUCCGGGCUCCAUGGACAGUCAGCUGCAGCAGCUCAUCAGAGAGAACCUGUACCUGCGAGCUGUACCCUGUACGACCCGGCAGCCUCGGGACGGCGAGAUUUCAGGUGUCGACUACAACUUCGUGUCUAUCGAGGAGUUUUUCUCUCUGGAGGAGUCUGGAGCUCUGCUGGAGAGCGGAAAGUUCAAAGGGAACUACUAUGGGACGCCCCGCCCAGUCCACAUUGGCCCAGAGAGUCCACCAAUCACAUACCAGGAACACCGAAACCUCCUGCGCAACUUCAGGACGAGAAGCAAAUCUCUGAGCAACCUGGAAAAAGCUGUGGAGGAAGGAGACAACAGUGAGGAGGACAGUGGACUGUCAGCGGGUUCAGCCGGAGCCCCGCCCACCAUCCUGCCUCUCAGCCAAUCGUGGGAUUCUGCGGUGGGCAGUCGGGAAGUAACAGAGAAUGGAGGAGGAGCAGGAGGAGGAAGAGGAGUCGGGAGAGGAGGAGGAGGAGCAGGAGGUCCGCUGCCUGAGAACUGGGAGCUGGCGUUCAGUGAUUCAGGAGAGCCGUACUACAUUGAUCAUAACUCAAAGACAACCAGCUGGCUGGAUCCUCGGACUCAGAACAAAGAGACGACUUCCUGUACAGAGCUCCCAGAAUUCACUGAGCAGCCCAGUCAGCUGAAGGGUUACUCCAUUCACACUCGGCUGUCCAAAGGUCCCAGAGGUUUUGGCUUCAACAUCGUUGGAGGAAGUCGAGCCAGAGAAUUUCUACAGGUGUACAGUGUCACACCUGGAGGACCACCAGCACUAAAUACAGCGGACAUCCUGGUCUACAUCAAUGACAGCUGUGUGUUGGGUCGCUCUCAUAAAGAGGUGGUGGAGAUGCUGAAGUCAGUGCCGAUGGGUCAGAGUGUGGACGUGGUGCUGAGGAGAGGAUACCCGAUGCUUUACAACCCCGACGGAUGUCCCAAGCAGAGUCUGGAGACGCCACAGACUCCCAGCGAGCUCCCGAACCCCCCCAAAGUGAACCGCGGUCCGACACACCUCACCUACAGUCGAACCCUGGACGCCAACGGCAGCUCGGCAGGACUGAGCCGAACCCCGCCCUCCUACGCUGCUCAGCCAGUGACAAACGGCCUAACAGGCCCUCCAACGCCCACUUCCUCUGACCCCCCUCUGGGUGCACCACCGCCUCAAGCAGCCAAUUAUAGUGACUCUGAUGGCGGCCCGUCCAAUGCUGGAACACGCAGGUCUUCUCUGAUUCGCUACAACAGCAGCACUCUCCCCGCCCUGUCCUCCUCGUCCCUGCUGCACCAUCAGAGCUCCAAGUCUUCAGAGAGUGAUUUGUCUACGUCGACACUCCCCAUCACCACCUCAUCCUCCCACACUCUGUCUAAACUACCCCUUUCUAAGCCAGAGAUGGGCCUCCUCCAAAACUCCACCAGCUCCAUCACCGCUAACAAUCCCUCCUCCUCCUCCUCUACACCUCCUGGUGCUCCUGUGCAGCGCCCACAGAUGCCCCAGACUAGCCUUGCCCUGACCGCGCUAACCGACAUCCCACCCUGUGGUUUUAAUGGCUGUCCAGCCAGUCACCAAGCACCCUCCCCAGCCUCCGGAGGAAACCCGGGGCUAGUGCUCCCCCUGGGUGCAGGGUCGCUUGGCUCAUCUCCUGGUGGGGAGCUUGUACCGGUGGCCCUUGGACGUAGCGAGUGUGGGGGCUUGGGGUUCAGUGUAACUGCCGGGGGACAAGGAGGUCAGCUGGCAGUGGUGAGGCGGAUCUGGGACCGAAGGCACUGCCCCUCGCUGCAGGCAGGGGAUGCUGUAGUGAAGAUCAACGGAGCAGAUGUACAGAGCCUCAGCUUCUCACAGGUGCAGAGAAUCCUGCAGGAACACACCAAACAGGGAGAGGUGGUACUGCUGGUCUACAGAGGAGGUCUCAUCUCCUCCCCAGUCGUGACCCCCAACCUCUACAAGUCUGUUCCCUCACCACGUGGCCUGGUCACCCCCUCUUCAUCCCACCCCCCGACCUUAGCCGACUUGCCUUCCCCAUCCACGGUUGCCUUGGUGGGGGGCGUCCCACCACUCGACCAGGCGGGCUUGGCUUCGGAGAGUACCCAGGAGGUACACCUACCAGCUUCUGGAACCCACCAAGGGGCCCCUCCUGCCCAGGUGCCUAAUGGGCCCCCCGCCUCUGCCCUCAUCCAGAGCACCAGCUUCCUGGACUCAGUUCCUGUGACGCUGACCUUAGAGCCACGUGAUCUGCUAGGGAUAGAGGAGAGCGCUGUUGGGCCUCCUCCCAUCAGAGGGGGAGGUGGGGGAGGCGCCGUGGCCAAGGAUGGAAGAGGAGGAAUGAAGACUGUGGAGGUGGAGCUGAGGAGGCGUCCUGGAGAAGGCUUUGGAUUUGUCAUCGCCUCUCAGGAAGUGAACGAGGCCUCCUCCCUCAUGUCUCACCGGUUUGUGACGGUGCGUCGCGGCAGCCCGUCGGCUCGCAGCGGGCAGAUUCAGCCUGGAGACCAGCUGGAGGCGGUGGAGGGCCGACCGGUCGGGGGUCUGCAGCACCGAGACCUCGCCCAGAUCCUGAGGAGAGCCGGGAACACACUGAGACUGAGCGUCAUGCCCAGACACCACUUGUCCUCUGUGUCAGAAGGAGCGGACUUGGACAUUGACAGUCGAUCGGCGAAAGGAUCCAGAGGGAGGUCAAAGGAUGACUCUAGGUUCUACCGUGUCGAUCUUGAACGAGGUCCGACAGGUUUUGGCUUCUCUCUGAGGGGGGGCAGCGAAUACAACAUGGGACUGUAUGUACUGGGACUGAUGGACGGGGGCCCAGCCCAGCGUAGCAACAAGAUACAGGUGUCGGACCAGCUGGUGGAGAUCAACGGAGACAGCACGUCGGGGAUGACUCACAGCCAGGCUGUGGAGCAGAUCAGGAGGGGAGGUCAUCGAAUCCACCUGGUCCUCAAGAAGGGGAACGGAUACGUGCCCGACUACGGCCCUGAUGAAGGAGCCCUCUCCCCCUCCUCUUCACACACAGAGGAGCAGGCUGUGGAUACAGUAACCAUGACAACCACCUCCUUCAGCCAGCAGGGGGGAGGCAGGAGUGGUACAGCAGGAGGAGGAGAGAGGAGGGGGACGAGGAGACAAGGAGAAACUAAACAAAGAACAAAAGGAGGAGGAGGAGGAGGGUUAGUGCCUCCUGACCUGGACCUGGACCAGGUGGAGGAAGAGGCAUGGGAGGAGGAGAGGAGGGAGGAGGAGAAGUGGCAGAAAGAGGAGCAGAGAAGAAGAAGUCAGACUGUCAGGCAGAAGGAGAAAAGGGAUGACCACAGGGAGCAGGGGAGGAGGAGCAGGAGCUUACCCAGGAACAGCGCUCGAUCCUGGGAUGCACCUCCACCUGAGGAGAAGGUGGAGGAGCCUGGAGGUGGAGUGAGGGAGAGGAGGAGAAGGAGUGAGACCAAGAGCAGGAGGAAGGCAGCAGAGGCCCACAGACAGGAGAGGGAGGAGAGAGACCACAGCAUGACCCACCCUGCAAAGCAUUCUGGGAGCUCAGCAGCAGCUCAGAGGGCAGUGUUCUCCUUCCUCAGGCCUGUGGGCGAUGACGAGCCUCUGUCUGACAGCGAAUCAGCAGCCAGCUUCUCAGAGGCCAGCCUAUCAGCAGCUAGCAUUGCCACCGCAGGAUGGAGAGAGGAUUCUGAUUGGAGGAGAGCCGUGUCCCCACGGGAACAGGGGAAGGCCCCGGGCCCCUGGCUGACACCCAGCCCACAGAGACUGACGCAGGUUUUGAUUGGCAGUCGGCUCAGUGGGCGGGAACUAGUGGGUGGGCUCUCUCUCUAAUUGGUUCAAAGAAAGACAUUUCCUUUUUUUUCUUUAUUGGCUACUUUUAAGGGCUUUUUAAAUUGGGCUGCAGACAGAAGACCCACCUCUUCCUGCUUCUUAUUGGAUGACAGCAAACAUUUCUGUUUCUGAUUACAGGAUGAGAAGCAAGCAGAGAAGGAUUUUUUUUUUUUUGAUUGGCUGGUGGGUGGGUUUUGAGGCCUUUGAUUGGCCAAUGACACACAGAGCAGCAUAAUUAACCAACAACUUUAUUUUUAUUUUACCCAUCAUCCUUUGCUGCACCCUGAGACUGAUGUUAUCAGCUCUCUUUGGGCUGAAUUCUUUCUGGUAUCACGACGCUGGUAACAGAUCGCCAUGGUAACAGAAGACAUCAUUACCUGUACCCUUGAUCAGUCAGAUCAGUGGAGUCAUUGUUGCUACAGGAUCCUUACAGGGACAAAAGAGAUGAGAACUGUGUUAGAUAGUUUAAAACAGAGAAAUUAAAGUUUCACUGACAAACAAACAAUUAACAGCUUCAGAUGAGCUAAAUUAAGUCCUAAUAAGUUCCUUUUAUUUCACAGUUAUUUUAACUAUCAAUUAAUCUGUUGAUUAUUUUCUCAAUUAAUUGAUCAAUUGUCAGUCAACAUUUUUAAUUGAUAACGUCCUCAAAUGUCUGAAUGAUUUUCAAUUUACUUUCAUAGAGGAGCAAAGAAGAACAGAAAAUAUUCACAUCUAAGUUUAGUUUUUAGAAUUAGAGAAUGAUCAGUAAUCGAUAGCUAAUUGAUUAGCAAAAUAAUCAUUACAGCUCUAAUAUGAAACUGAAACUUGCAUGAACAAAAACAGACACUUAAUUUUCCCUCUUCAGCUGAUUACUGAACAUAACAGAGAGAAUCUGUAGUAGCUGUCUAUAGCCCAGGUGGCUAACCAGUUAGCAGUUAGCUCGUAUCAGCUGCAGCUCAGCAGUUUGCCCCGAGUCAUCACUUUGUCAUCAAACAUCGUGAACCAAAAAUUUAGCCAAGACACGUGGAUUUAUUUUGCUGUGCCUGUAAAAGUCUUGAGCUGCAGGAGUUUUAUAUCCUAAUCACAUGAGCUUGUGAAUGUGAGCCAGUGGGUAACCAGCUUCAUGAUACCAGUCAUCAGGAUCAGGAUCCUGGUCCUGUCUGUCUUUGACUGAAUCCUCAGCUUCAUCUUUUUGACUUUCAACUCGUAUGCAAACAACACGAGAGCCUUUCAGUCCUGAACCGCCGACGCAUCCUGAAGGCGCUGUUUUGUGAUUCUGUGUAAUCUGAGCAUGUGAAUAUCACUGGAAUGAUUUUUUAUUUUUAUAAGCUGAACAUGUAAAGGCUCACUAACGUUAUUAUUCUUAUUAUUAAUAUUAAUAUUAGAGAUUAAAUAGACUCAGAGAUUAUCUGAUUUGCCUGCUUGCUUGUAAAAAAAAAACAUUGAAAUUAUUGAUGUAACAGAGCCAUACACACACACACACACUCACACACACACACUCACUCACUCACACACACAAACACACUCUCCAUCCACUGUUCAGGCCCAGCUGUGGUCCCGUUGGCUGUCAAUAACUAUAACGUCGCCAUGGCAACACGGCCGACAGGACGAACUGUUUCUGUAGCAACAGCCAUGGUGGAGCAGACCUCUGAGGCCGACGACCUGCAGCUCUGGGUCAUAACAAGUGCCUCAUUUACUUCAGCCUUUGUCCUGCAAAGUGACGCUGCAGCCGCAGGCAGAGACAUCACCACAACAUGCCCAUCGCUUCCUGUUCACACCCCCUCUUCCUGUUCACACCCCACCUGUUCCUGUUCACACCCCCUCUUCCUGUUCACACCCCACCUGUUCCUGUUCACACCCCCCUCUUCCUGUUCACACCCCCUCUUCCUGUUCACACCCCACCUUUUCCUGUUUACACCCCCUCUUCCUGUUCACACCUCCUCUUCCUGUUCACACCUCACCUGUUCCUGUUCACACCCCACCUCUUCCUGUUCACACCCCACCUCUUCCUGUUUACACCCCCUCUUCCUGUUCACACCCCACCUGUUCCUGUUCACACCCCCCUCUUCCUGUUCACACCCCCUCUUCCUGGUCACACCCCACCUUUUCCUGUUUACACCCCCUAUUCCUGUUCACACCCCACCUGUUCCUGUUCACACCCCCCUCUUCCUGUUCACACCCCCUCUUCCUGGUCACACCCCACCUUUUCCUGUUUACACCCCCUCUUACUGUUCACACCUCCUCUUAAUGUUCACACCUCACCUGUUCCUGUUCACACCCCACCUCUUCCUGUUCACACCCCCUCUUCCUGUUCACACCUGCUCUUCCUGUUCACACCCCACCUGUUCCUGUUCACACCCCACCUCUUCCUGUUCACACCCCCUCUUCCUGUUCACACCCCACCUUUUCCUGUUCACACCCCACCUGUUCCUGUUCACUCACACUUUGUCCUUAUCAAACAAGAUCAAGACCUUUCCUUCAUCAUCACCACUGCAGGACCGCUGAAGUUUGAUCUGUUCCAACAGUCCAAAGAAGUUCAGUUUGCUUUUGGAUAAAACAAAGAAAUGCAUCAAACCAGAUAGCCAGAUAAUUUAGUGUUGAAAAAAUCCUGAAAUCCUGAUGUAGCAAAUGCAUGACAAGCAGUUUUAGGUGAAGACUCUCUCUCUCACACACACACACGGUCCUCAUCCAUCCAUCACAUCAGUGCUCCCUGUCUGUCUGUCGGCACCCACACCCUCUGCAGUUACACUACAACUCCCACACACCCCCUGUGCUGCCCUUUAGCUCCGCCCCUCAGCCAGCUCUCUCUAAGGGCAUUUGGAUCUUUGUCUUCUAUGCAUUUUCUAAGACUGUCUGCUGGUGAUCGAUCCCCUGAUCAGUUCUGACCAGCAGAACACCAGAACAUGGACUUUGCUUGCAAUGAUGGGUCUGAAUAUUCAGGUUCCGGUCUAAAGACAACUAGGAAGCGCCAAGGUCUGAACAGGAUUCAACAGUUUCAUCAUGAGAUCUGCUCCCAGAAGAGGAGGAACAUGAUGAAGCAACAUGACUGAACUGUUGGUUUAAUAAAGUGUAAAACUGGUAAAACACAG